AUGAGCGGUGCCGAAGCGAGACCGAUGGAAAUGCAGCCUACAGCGCACGGCACGCCUGGCGCGUCGCAGGCGCAAAAGUCAAUGGAGCAGGCCAUUCACGUUGCCGACGGGAAACGCCCGGGGAGUCCGUUUAUGUGGUCGAGUUUUAUUGCGGGCGGCGCCGCGGGGUGCGCGAGCCGCACCAUUGUCAGUCCUUUGGAGCGCUUGAAAAUUAUUAUGCAAGUGCAGCCGACCCCGGCAAAGGGGGAGAAAAAAGCCUACUCCGGUGUCUGGGACGGCUUGUCCAAGAUCUGGAAGGAGGAGGGGUUCCGCGGCUUCAUGCGCGGAAACGGAAUCAACUGCCUUCGCAUUGCGCCGUACAGCGCGGUGCAGUUCACUACCUAUGAGUCGAUGAAGCGCUGGCUCGCCCAUCCUGUCUUGGUAGACGAAGUGCACGGCGCGAUCCACAUUGAGCACAUCGAGUACUCGCUCGGUCCGAUGCCGCGCCUCGUGGCCGGUGCGAUUGCGGGUAUCGCGAGCGUGGUGUCUACCUAUCCACUGGACCUGGUGCGCUCGCGUAUCUCGAUCGCCUCUGCGUCGAUGUACAUGGAGAACAAGUCGGCGGCCGAGGCAGGAAAAAAGCCCACUGCGCCGCGUGUGCCGGGCGUCAUGGAGAUGACGAUCAAGGUGUACCGCGAGGAGGGUGGGCUCCGCGGCCUCUACCGCGGUGUGAUUCCGACGAGCAUGGGCGUUGCGCCGUACGUCGCGUUCAACUUUUUCUUCUAUGAACAGGCGCGCCAGUUCUUUACCAAGGAGGACGGCACCGCGCCCAACUCGCUGAUGAAGCUCGUGUGCGGCGCCUGGGCGGGCGCCGUGAGCCAGACACUCACAUACCCCCUGGACGUAAUCCGUCGCCGCAUGCAGGUCGCAGGCAUGCCCAACUCGUCGCUCGGCUACAAGGACAAGAGCGGCAUCGAUGCAAUCCGCAACAUUGUGCGCCGCAGCGGCAUCAAGGGACUCUACUUUGGCCUUGUGCCCAACCUGCUCAAGGUCGCCCCGUCGAUGGGCGCUUCGUUCCUGACCUACGAGGUGGUGCGCAGCCUCUUGGCGCCGUACGAUUUGUAG